CAUUUGUUGUUUGUAACCACUAACCUGUAAGCGAUAAACUUGUUUAUAUUUAAUUCCAUUAAGUUUAUUACUUUAAUAUGAUGUUCUAAACUAUGCUAAUAUAAAUAUUAUUUCAAUGACAACGUCGAAUUUAAGACAGUAAUUUAAAGAGUAACAUGGCAAUAGAUUUCAAAAAAUUGUGUCGACUUUGUGCUAAGAAAGAGCAAGUUUUAAAAGAUUUAAAUGAUGAGAACAGUAAAAAUAUUCUAAAAAUGAUACAAGACUUUGUGCAAAUAGCUGUAUGUGAAAACGAUGGUCUUCCAACUAAAAUAUGUCUCAACUGCGAGGAAAAAAUUGUGUCAUUUCAAUUAUUUAUUUUGGAAUGUUACAAAGUUCAAGAAACAUUACAGAAUAUGUAUAUAAAUGAUUGUGAAAAGUAUACAACUCAAUUAGGUGGCAGUGAAUUUCAUAAUGGCACCUCAGAUAUUAAACCAGAAGUUAAAGAUGAAAUUAUAACUGAUGUUGUUAUAGCUACUAUUAAAUCAGAAGACCCUUAUCAAGAUUUUGAAACAGAAAUAUAUGAGAAUGAUGAUAUUGAUUUCAAGAGUGAUAGUGAAUGUAGUGACAGCAUAACACUCGCCUCAUUAAAAGAAGCUAAAUUAAAGGAACCAAAGAAGAAAGAAAUGACGGAAGAGCAGAAACAAGAAUAUGAAAGAAUCCUUCAGAAGGCUGAUGCGAAAAUAAGAGAUUUUGUUGCGAUGAAAUGUGAAGAAUGUUGUGAAUCUUUUAAGGUAUGGGGAAGGCUUCGAUUACACUAUAUAAGAGUUCAUAAGAAAAGACCAUUGGCCUUCUGUAUUUGUGGGUAUGCAGUAAGAUCUAAAAGUGCACUCUAUAGACAUGUAUCAGAACAUAAAUCCAAAAUGCCCAAAUUGUCAAAAAGAAUUAAUUAUGUUGGAAAUGAUUUAAGGGCAUCAGAUCUAAUUAAGUUUGUUUGUGAUAAGUGUGACAAAGAAUUUUCUAGUUGGUAUAAACUGAAAAGUCACAGUGAAUGGAAACACAAAGUAACACCAACAGUGAGAUGUCGGUGUGGAAUCCUUCUCAACUCUAGAACUGUUAUGUAUAAACACAUUCAGGACCACAGAGCGCCUGAUGUAUUGCACUGCGAUAAAUGUCCCAAAACAGCUAAAACAGUUGAUGAACUUGAGAAACAUAAACUAAGACACAUUCCCAAGUCAGAAAGAAAUUUCCAGUGCUCAUCAUGUGAUAAAGUCUUUUCAUCAAAGGACUGUUUGAAAUCUCACGAAAGAUCACACAUACCUAUAGAGCAGAGAAAAAUUUAUCACUGUGAUGUUUGUAAUCUCAAGUUCACGACACGCUCGUCGGCCACGUCGCACAAGCGCGUGGUGCACGAGAAGAUCAAGAGCUACGUGUGCGACCUGUGCGGGUACGCGUGCGGCACCAACGGCGAGCUGCGCCAGCACCGCGCGAUACACAGCGACGACAAGCCGUUCGUGUGCCGCAAGUGCUCCAAGGCAUUCAAAACGUACUCGAACCUAAAGACGCACAUGGACACGCACGAGGAGACAUCCUACGUGUGCUUCGUGUGUAACCGCGUGCUGAACAGCCGGCGCACGCUGCGCAAGCACUUGCUGGUGCACGACGACAAGUGCACGCACGUGUGCACGUAUUGCAAUAAGGCUUUCAAGCGUCGGCAGACUUUGAAGGUGCACCUGUCGAUGCACACGGGCGACAAGCCGCUGUCGUGCAAGUGGUGCGACGAGCGGUUCGCGUACGCGUCCACGCUGCGCUCGCACCGCCUGCGCGCGCACCCCGACAAGAGCGCGCACUACAACGCGUACGGCGCGCAGAUGGCGCAGGAAUAUUUGAAAAACGACGCCGCAUCCGUGAACGUUACGAAAAGUGAUGUAUAGCAAUAUCAUUUUAUAAUUGUUUUAUACAUAGAUUAUAGAAUUGUCAGUAUUUCGUAUUGAAAGAUAAUUUAUAAAUAUGAUUAGCACAAUACUUGUGACCGCACU